AUGCAAAAACCGUUGUCCAAAUUACUAUGUUUUCUUAUGAAGCAAAACUACUCCAGUGACGAUUAUAAUUACGAACAUCGACGAAGAAAAAGAUCAGACACACCUGAAAAACAUGUGGAAGAAGAGAAAGAAAUCGAUCCAUAUUUCGACUGGUUUUCAAGACGAGAUUAUUUAACAGUUACUUAUCUUAUUGACAAUGCUAUGUUCAGUUCACCAUCUGAGAUUGAUGACUUUUGGAAAUUUGUUGAAAAGUAUCAAGGCAUCCAAAUUCGCAGACUUCAACAACAAUCAAAACAAACGACGAAUAUAUCCACUCAAGAUGAUCUACCAAGAUCAAGUAGAUUAAGUUUACCGCAGAUCUACGAUAAACGAUAUCGAUUGAACAUGAAUGUUAUCAUGAAUAAAUCAGCAGCGAAUGACACAAGGUAUGAUGCAACAGGUAGGGAUAAAGUAAAAAGAUAUACUUACUCAAUGGAGAAUAUGCUUAUUGUUCAAUGUUUGCAUCUUCAUU